CGACUCACCGUUAGAAAUUGAAAACCCUAAUUUCCUCUCUCUUCUUCUUCUUCUUCUUCUUCUUCUUCUUCUUCUUCUUCUUCUCUGCAAAUCAAUGGAGGAGUCUCAGAAACUCACCGAGUACGAACGCAAGCGACUCGACAACAUUCGCCGCAACGAAGAAAUGGUGGCUGCUCUCAAACUCCAUUCCAAAGCCGCCAAACUCGCCAAGCGUCCAAGGGUCGCAAAAAAAGAGAUAUGGGAGAAGAUACCCAAAAUCGAAACUGAAACCCCAGUUGUUCUCCGGCGCUCCGCGCGAGCAAGGGGUGCUCCACCCGAUUACACAGGUUUAGUGGAUCCUGUACUUUCCAACGCCCUCGCUUACAAAUUUCCCACCAGAGCUAAACCUGGUGUCAAAACUUUGGGUCCUCUUUCCAUGUCGGAUGGUCAUAGAGGUUCGCACGCUCAAUCCGAUCGCGCUUUCUUGGAUUCGCUUCUGGGUAUGGCCAGCGAGGAAGAAAAAAAACUUGGUGGUAGCAGAAAAUCUGGGAAAAUUCUGAAUGGUAAUGGUGCGAAAAGGGGGAAGAAGACAAAUGAGGGUUCCCUUAAUUUGGAAUCUCUGAAUUUGGAUCCCGAGAAUAUAGCAAGGGUUGUUCCUGAAAGGAUAGUUCAAGUCCAAUUUUUUCCUUCUAGUAGUAACAAGAUGAUUGUUGUGGGUGAUAAGGGUGGGCAUAUUGGAUUCUGGGGUGUUGGGAAAAGGUUAACUUAUUUAUACCGUCCCCAUCAGGCUCCGAUUUCGGGGAUUUCGGUUCAGCAACGUUGUUUGUCUAAGAUAUACACAAGUUGUUAUGAUGGAGUUGUUCGGCUAAUGGAUGCUGAGAAGGAAAUCUUUGAUUUGGUGUUUACGAGUGAUGAUGAAGGGAUAUUUUCUCUUUCUCAACCAAAGAAUGAUUCAAACUGUAUAUACUUUGGUGAUGGUUCUGGGGGUUUCACUGUUUGGGAUUGCAGGACUGGAAAAUGUUCAUCCAGUUGGGCUUUGCAUGAAAAUAAGAUUAACACAAUCGAUUUCAACUGUGAAAACCCUCACAUUGUAGCUACUGGUUCCACUGAUAGAACUGCCUGCACCUGGGAUUUGAGAUAUACUGGUGGGGAUAAGCCCACAGCCUUGAAGACUCUUACCCACCAAAAGUAUGUGCAAUCUGCGUACUUCUCUCCUUCUGGAUGCAGCCUUGCAACUACAUGCGCGGACAACACAAUUAGUAUAUACAGUGGAGUUAACUUGGAGGAUGCAACUUCUAUUUAUCAUGACAAUUUCACCGGUAGAUGGCUUUCUCCUUUCAGAGCAAUAUGGGGUUGGGAUGACUCAUAUCUCUUCAUCGGAAAUAUGAAAAGAGGAGUUGACGUUGUCUCUGCUACUGAAAGGGCAAUAGUUACGACUCUACAGAGCCCACACAUGUCUGCCAUUCCUUGCAGAUUCAAUGCUCACUUUACCGAAGUUGGGAUGCUAGCAGGAGCAACAGGCGGAGGUCAGGUCUAUAUUUGGACGUUGUAAUAGGAUGUUUAUUCUCAACGGGCUUCUGUCGUAUACUUGUAUGCAUUGAAAUGACAUUUUUUGUUGGUUUCCAAUCUUCAAGCUGUAUUCAUGUAAAGCAUUGUCUAUGUGCCAUGUACUUCUGGUAGAAAUUGACUAUUAAUUAUUUU